UUCUUCAGCUGUGGUUCUCUCCACAGCCUAUCCCUGGCCCUUAUCCGCUACCAGGGAAAUCCCUUGGCUGGCUUGGCAUGACAAUGUGGAUUUUUGUGGUCCUUAGAACCUCUAAUCCAUGAGAUUACGGUGAAAUUUCGUGUCUUUUUUGCUCAGAGAUCGAACUUUGUUUCGUAUCUCGCCGUCUGAGAUCAAGCUGCGAUCGAAAGAUGCGUUUUUUAUGUUGAUUUCGAGAGAAUCGCAUGUUCGUGUGAUGCCAUGGUUUCUUUGGGAAGCGCGAUGCUAGUCUCCCCGGUCGUCUUCGAGGUCUCGCCCACCGCCGUCGUCGUCGGGAGGAUCCACGUUGUUGGGGUUAGGUCUGGUUCCUCCCUCAGCUCGAGGCAAUGCCGUCGCUUCGGAGGCCGUGUCUACAGGUGCAUGGUGACCACUAACCUAAUCGAGGAGAGGGGAAUUCCGUCUUCCCUGCACGGGGACGCCGAUCUCAUUCUCAAGCCUGCCCCCAAGCCUUUACUGAAAGCACGCCCCAACGGCCCUGAAAAUCCUCCGACCUCAUUGGAAGACCGAGAGAAAGUCGUAGAAACUCUUGGCGAGGUUUUAGAGAAGGUAGAAAAGCUCGAGAAGACCGCGAAUGCAGUGAGAACUCGUGGUAAAGAGACCAAGGAUAAUGGCGUGCCCAAUGGCAGCUCCGAACAAGUUAGGCCGCAGAAUGCAACUCCAUCUACAAGGAAGUCGAGCACUGGUAAGAGUGUUUGGCGGAAAGGGAAUCCUGUCGCAAGCGUGCAAGCGGUGGUUAAAGGAACAAAUGUGUCGGGAACUCCUGCAGUAGCCCCUGUCAAGCCAAGGCUGCAAGCAAAACCUGCUGUUCUUUCACCUACACAGAAGGAGAGAAAACCCAUUCUUAUAGAUAAAUUCGCAUCGAAGAAGCCGGCUGUGGAUCCGAUUGCAGCUGCAGCAAUGAUACCAGCCCCUUUGAAGCCGGCGAAAGGAUCCUUGACAUCCAAAGUCAAAGAUGAGCGUCGCAAGAAAUCAGGUGUUACUAGUGGUUUGCGUAGACAGUUGGCGGAAGAUGGUGAGAUAGAAGAGGAAGCUUCAGAGUUCAGUGUACCUAUCCCUGGGGUCAUGAAACCAAGGAAAGGAAGAAAAUGGAGCAAGGCGAGCCGUAAAGCUGCAAGACUCGAAGCAGCUAAAGCUGCAGAACCUGUAAAAGUUGAGAUACUUGAGGUGGGUGAAGAGGGUUUGUUCAUGGAAGAAUUAGCAUAUAAUUUGGCCGUUAGCGAAGGAGAUAUUCUUUCAUUUCUAUUCUCAAGGGGGGUCAAGCCUGAUGCAGUCCACAUUCUAGAUAAAGACAUGGUUAAAAUGAUAUGCAAGGAAUAUGAUGUGGAAGUAAUUGAAGUCGAUCCAGUUAGAGUGGAAGAGAUGGCAAAGAAAGCAGAAGUACUCGAUGAGGAAGACUUGGACGUGCUAGAAGACAGGCCUCCUAUGAUUACAAUCAUGGGGCAUGUGGAUCAUGGGAAGACCACAUUGCUGGACUAUAUCCGAAAGAGCAGGGUGGUAGCAUCAGAAGCAGGCGGAAUAACCCAAGGUAUUGGAGCAUACAAGGUUCUUGUCCCAUUUGAUGGGAAGCCUCAGCCAUGCAUAUUUCUUGAUACUCCAGGCCAUGAGGCAUUUGGUGCAAUGAGAGCACGCGGAGCAAGAGUAACUGACAUUGCAAUCAUUGUAGUAGCUGCUGAUGAUGGAGUCCGCCCGCAAACUAAUGAGGCAAUUGCUCAUGCGAAGGCGGCUGGCGUGCCAAUUAUCGUAGCCAUCAACAAGGUAGAUAAGGAUGGAGCAAAUCCAGAUAGGGUAAUGCAAGAGUUAUCGUCUGUUGGACUUAUGCCAGAAAUUUGGGGUGGUGACAUUCCUAUGGUUAAGAUCAGUGCUCUUAAAGGAGAGAACAUCGACGAAUUGCUGGAAACUGUAAUGCUUGUCGCAGAGCUGCAAGACUUGAAAGCCAAUCCAAAGAGAAAUGCUAAAGGCACUGUUAUAGAAGCAGGUCUUGAUAAAGCAAAGGGAGUUGUCGCCUCACUUAUUGUGCAAAAUGGAACCCUUAAAAAGGGUGACAUUGUCGUUUGCGGUGAAGCUUUUGGAAAGGUGCGUGCUAUGUUUGAUGAUAGGGGAGAUCGUGUUGAUGAAGCUGGACCAUCAAUGGCUGUACAGGUUAUUGGUUUGAAUAAUGUACCUAUUGCUGGUGAUGAGUUUGAGGCCGUCGAAACCCUUGAUGUUGCACGUGAAAGAGCAGAAAUUCGUGCAGAAUCAUUAAGAGUUACAAGGAUAUCUGCAAAGGCGGGGGAAACAAAGGUCACCCUAUCUUCCAUUGCUUCUUCUGUUGCAAUGGGAAAACAAACUGAUCUACAUAUGCAUCAGCUGAACAUCAUUUUAAAGGUUGAUGUUCAGGGUUCAAUCGAAGCCGUCAGACAAGCUCUUCGAGUGCUCCCUCAAGACAGCGUUAACUUGAAGUUCCUCCUCCAAGCUCCUGGGGAGGUUAGCGCUAGCGAUGUCGACCUGGCUGCUGUUUCUGAGGCCAUUAUAUUUGGUUUCAACGUAAAAGCACCUGGCUCAGUGAAGAGUUAUGCUGACAAGAAGAACGUCGAGAUUCGAUUGUAUAGAGUUAUCUAUGACCUUAUUGACGACAUGAGAAAUGCAAUGGAAGGACUUCUAGAGCCAGUCGAGGAGCAAAUACAAAUAGGAGCAGGAGAAGUUCGAGCAGCAUUCGGUAGCGGCAGUGGACGAGUUGCUGGAUGCAUGAUCACUGAAGGAAAGGUAGUGAAAGAAUGUGGUGUCCGUGUUAUUCGAAACAGGAAGAUAGUUCACAUUGGUACAGUUGAUUCUUUGAGGCGGGUGAAAGAAGAUGUAAAAGAGGUUGGUGCUGGACUCGAGUGUGGUAUCGGUGUCGAUGAUUUUGACGAUUGGGAAGCCGGAGACAUUAUAGAGGCCUUUAAUACAGUGAAGAAACAGCGCACGCUCGAAGAAGCAUCUGCUUCAGUCACAGCCGCAUUAGCUAGAGCUGGUGUUGGUCUGUGAAGUGCCAAAGCUGUCAUGACGAAACAUUUAUGGUGAAUUUGAGAUGCAUAGCUGGUGGCAGUUCGAUCGUAAAGCAUCGCCCCGGCGGUGGUCCAAAGCAAGUUCAUGGCUAAAUAAGCACUUGGCUGAUCGGUUCGCCUACCAAAUCUUUACUUGACCUUCGAUGAUCCUCUGGUAAAAGUAAUUCAAUCACUGAAUCUCUUCUUCAUCUUACUGAUUAUCAACCUGUACUUAAUAGUGAUAGCCAGAAUGUGGUUGCCCUGUUUAUAAUCACUGUGUUCAUUCUCUUACCCUGUUUAUAAAGCUGUACAUGCGGCAAUGGGAAAACAGUCUUUUGGAAAGAUUGAUCGCUUUAAUCUUCA